GGUCAGAUUAUUCUAUGAUCUUAUUGAAGAUCGAAACUUUACGUCGAUUUCUUCGUCUAUCUGUUAAAUUUCACUAGUUUUUCGACAAGGGUACAUGAAAUUUUCCCAGAUGGGCGAAGACCUCGUGGAGGAUGAUUCGGAAUUGGCCUCGCCUCGAGCCCGGCUGGAACCCUAGUUCAUGUUGGCCGUACGUGCAGCGGGAAAAAGCCGAUUCUUGGAAGAAAUGCGUUUUAAGUCGUGUAAGUUCACUAUUUGUCACCAGAGAGGGUGAAUUUUCGAGGGGUGGACUACUAGAUGGACUGACUUCAGUUGAGUCAUCUUCGCUCGUUUCCUUCUACGGAGGUUGAAUCAUUGAAGGGAGAACAAGAGAUAUGGAAGUUGAAGAGGCAGAUAGAAAGGGCUUAAGAACUGCUGGUCAUUUGUAUUACACAAACCUUGACCACAAUAUUACUGCUUGGCCGUUUUAUAAGGUUCCAAAACGCGAGAAAGACUGUAACUUUUUCGUAUGUAAACAUUUAUGUGAUACAUCGAGAAUUCUUGAGUUUUUUCCCUCCAUUUUUCGGGUGGAUACCAACCUGAAAGAAACAACGACAAGUCUUGAGAAGCAAAUCGCUGAAGAACAAGCUACGAGGGUCAGAGUGGAAAUGAGUUUCAGAAACAUUCCAUUGGAGAUCAAAAAGCUGAGAAAGAAUCCGGAGAAAGCAGAGAGGGAGGCUGAGGAACUCCCAAAAGUAAAAACAAAUGCAUCAAUUUCUGAUAUAUGUCCUUAGCUCGAAUGAGGUCGCAAAGGAGAAUGAAAGAUCGAUCCCUGGUUAUCGCAGGGAAUACUCAAAAGCUACGGUUUUCUGAAGCAAGUAAUUCUGAUCACAGUUUGAGAUAUGGUGGACUUGGAGGUUUGUGGGGGAGAAUGGAAACCGGCAAGAACACUGGUUCUGGUGGGGAGAACAGGCAAUGGCAAAAGCAAGACAGGGAACAGCAUCAUCACCACGUUGAACUCCAUGAUGGGGAAGCAACCAAAGAAACCUCCCUUUGCUUCGAAAUACAGCGCAACUGGUGUCACCCAAGAAUGUAAGUUAGAGACAACCGAGUUCGAAGGUCGUGAGAUCAAUGUCAUCGAUACUCCCGGUCUGUUUGAUUUGCAAAUGGAGACCGAGUUCAUAGCAAAGGAGCUCGGGAGAUGCCUAACCAUGGCGAAAGAUGGAAUAGACGCAGUCUUGUUGAUAUUCUCCGUGAGGAGUCGUCUAACAGCGGAAGAGAAGUCUGCCCUAAUCAACAUAAGGUCAAUUUUCGGGAGUAAUGUCGUGAACCACAUCAUCGUUGUUUUCACCAACGGUGACGCCUUGGAAAGCGAUGGCCAGACACUGGAUGACUACCUCACCGAUGACUGCCCUGAGUUCCUCAAGGAACUUCUCUCGGUGUGCGACAACCGAAUGGUUCUCUUCAAUAACAACAGCUCCGAUAGAGAACAGAGAGAAACCCAAGUCAAGGAGCUGCUCCAGCUAGUCGAAAAGGCCGUGGAGCAUAAUGGUGGAGCCACCUACACAGAUGAGCUGCAUCAAAAGAUAAAGAAACUGAAUGCCCAAUUCGAGAAAGAGGAAGAGGAGAUCAAAUCACUGAAUGCACACUCGAACCUCAGCAGGGAAGAGUUGCUGGAUAGGUUACAGAAGGCGACGGGCAAGCACUGUGACCAGAUCAUGCUUGCGGUGAACGCCCACAUAAUAAAAACGAGGCAGAGAAUGGAGAUGCAGGCGGCUAAAGAAAGAGCCGAGAGAAUCAAAGCGGAGAAAGAGGCGGAAAAAGAGCGAGAACGAUUCAAAAACGAGCAGAAGAAGAUGAUGGAAGAGGCGGCCAGGCAAAGGGAAAACGACAGGAAAGCAGCAGAGAGAGAGGAGCAACGCCUGAGAGAACAGAACAAAGCUCUGCAGAAAGCCUUGGACGAGAAGAAAAGCAGAUCAUGCCGUAUUCUCUGAAGAAACAUCGUGUUCUUCUUCUAUCAAUCUAUAUAUAAGUGUGUGUGUGUGUGUGUGAAUGUGAAUGUGCAUAGGCAUAUGUAUUUGUGAUGCAGAUAACACCUCUCUAUCUCUAAUCUCUAUGUACUGUGUGAGUGUCACCAUGUUGUAUGUAUAUGUGAUACUGAUAAAAUAAAGGUGAACUCUUUCUUCUUAGAACUUUA